UGACGUAAGACAGGAAGAAGAUGGAAAAGAGAAGAUAACACAAGAUCCCUUUAACUCUGACAGAUGGACAGAAUGUUGGUCUGAAGGGGGACAAACAAAACACCAGUUUUUGGACAGUGACACAAGUUGUGUGGAGAACAGUGAUCAAUCUGAAAAGGUCAUAGGUCACGUACAACGAUUGUCUCCUUGUUUGGAGGUGUUCUCGGUGGAAUUAGCUCAAGAAGUGAGUGACAGUAUCCAUAGUAAUGACCCAUUUAACAUGCCCGAUGACCUCAUUCGAAAUGUGGCUGAUCUAGCUCGGACCUGUUUCCAGGCUGGUUGUUAUGGAAAUGUGUCAGUAUAUUCUAAACCUUCGACAACUAAAGUUGAUAAUGUUAUUGAUCAAAGUCAGUCAGACUCUCUGAGAAUCAAAGAUAUGUCUGUACAACAGACCGAAGAAGAUGGAGUUCUUACUACUCCUAAACAACACAUCUCAUUUGGAAAUCCAGGGGACCAGGAUCGGCCUGGUGUUGUAGUAGAUGAUAUUAACAGACAGGAAUCACCUGUAAGUGAGGAUGAAGAUGUUUGUACAUUUAUACAGAAUUAUUGUUUUCUACUUGACUUGUGUAGAGUAAAGGAAAAGUUACAUAGUUACCAUGGAAACCUGUUCCAGUUUUGGUGUACCUACAUCAAGUGUUUACAAGAGUUUUACAAGAAAGACAUAUUUUUUGUGAAGUUGAUGAAUAAAGAGGUCCAUUAUGCGGUAGACAUAUUGAAGACUGGAGGCUACAGUGCAGAGAAAAUGCUUUCCUGUGUAACCAAGCUUUUUGAGGAGAACCUACACCAAGCCCUGGAGAUUUGUCAGGAUAGUAUCCACAUACAGCCCCUUGAUGUUUACUACAUGUGUCAGUACCACAGUCAGUCUGUCAGCCAGUAUUUCUCUCCCUACAUGUACACCAGGGUCAACGACGUCAUGACAACUAACAGGCAAUGUGAUUCGGUAUACGGUCAUCCCCUCAUUCGCCUCAAGUGGCUGGAGAUGAUGUUAGUGGAGAACAGACCAACUGUCGACCUGACUGGGAAGGACAACGCCCCAAGGCCAGGAAGUCAUUUAGCAGAUUGGAAAAAACCUGAAUUCAUUCUCCAUGUCCUAAAUUCGGCAGCAGAUGAUCGGGAGAAAGAGGAUUUUCUUGAGCUAGUACAGUCUUCAGGAUUUUGGCUGGGUUACCUUCAGUUGCUACAACAACUACAAAGACGAGAAGAAGUACUAACAACAGUUGUACACUUGGGGGAUAUCAACCUGUUUGGUGGCAGAUAUAACUAUUUGCCCGAGACUAAGCAGGAAUGGACAUUUGUGGUUAAGUAUUUACACAAACAAUACAAGUCCCAGCGGUCUGGUCUCAUCACUGGUGAGACAUCAUGUAAACAGGACCAGAUGUGUACAGGUGACGUUACAAAGGACAGCUCUGAUAAACUUACUACUCAUCUGAAAGGCUCAGGGAAAGUGUCAAAACAGGAUUGUGAGGAUCAAGAUUUAGGAAUAAUGAAGAAAUCGGUUGGAAUAAAUGAGUCUGUAGCAGACACAAGUAUAGGUAGCCCUGGAAACCUAUCUUAUAUUUCCUGGGAUGACUUUGCUUCACUGAUGUUGUGUCACCUAGGACCUGUUGCUACGGUUACCAUUCUCCAAGAAUGUGACUUACAGAAAGGACAAAUGUCUUCCUAUUUCCACCAGUCGGCCCUGAUAACCAUGUUACUAGAUCGAACAAAAAGAAACGUGACACAUAACCUCCUAGAGAAGCUAGACUCCUACCUGUGGGCCAAGAAACCAACUACCUUAAUGCCUGAGCUGCGGUACUCAGUGAUGCAGGAGAAAAUGGCUAAAGGUGCCUCUCUGUCUACCUCACAAAGAGACAAAGAUAGUUUGAUCGCUUACAUGCCAGAAGCUGUCCAGCCAUGUGAGAGAUAUCAGGAGGACACAGAAUGUCACUGGGGCAUCAGUACCAAGAUGACCAGGACGUGUAUGUGUUGUAACCUAUCUCUGACUGAGGCAGUUUCCCACGUGGAGCCAGGUGUCCUCUCGUUCCAGUGUGGCCAUGUGUUCCACCGACUUUGUGUUCCUGAGAAGACGUGUCUCCUGUGUGGCCUUCCUUCUCGACAACAGCUUACACAUGUGUAACUCAAUACUGAACAUGUGUGACCAGCUAAGUUUUUAUAUCCUGUUUUGAUAAUAUAACUCUGGAUAUCUGACCUAUGAAGAUUUUGUACUGGAUAUCUGACCUAUGAAGAUUUUGUACUGGAUAUCUGACAUAUGAAGAUUUUGUACGUGUCCAGUUUUGAUACAUGUAAAUCUGGAUAUCUGACCUAUGAAGAUUUUGUACUGGAUAUCUGACCUAUGGAGAUUUUGUAUGUGUCCUGUUUUGAUACAUGUAGCUGUGGAUUUCUGACCUAUGAAGAUUUUGUACCUGUCCUGUUUUGAUACAUGUAGCUCCGCAUUUCUCCUGUUAAUGCAUGCAAGUCUGAUAUCUGACCAUAGAUACUUUGUACGUGUCAUGAUAUAGGACCUGCUGUGAUGUUUCACAUCUUAACGGCAUUGGUAUAUAUAUCUGUGUUAAGAUAGCAGCUAAUUAAACAGACAACAGGGUAUUGUCUCUUUACAUUCCAGUUUGAUAUCCAAACAACGUACAAAGUAUGUAGCUUUCUUUGUAGAUGGUAUAUGUAUGUAAACGUACUUGUUUUCUCCUGUUUGUUUCUGACAACUGUAAUCCCUUUGUGAAUCUUCUUCUGACAAUCAGUGAACCAGUUGGUGAACUCCAGGAUAUAAUCAAAAUAAAACGCAGCAUACGAUAUGUAGAUGUGAAACAGUUUGAAUACUGAAGAGUUUUGUGAAAUCCGAACGUAUUUCAAAUUUUUUGACAUCAUCUAACAUCAUAACGAUAUUUAUUUUUAACACCCCUUGACACUUUAAGUGUAAGAUCUCAUUAGGUCCAUGAUUUAGUUUCGUAAGAAUUGUGUAUGAUUUUAUUUAGAAUUGUAAUGGUUAUAAUAAUAUGAUAUUACAGGUUAGGAACAAUAUCAUCACUUGUGUCUGUAUAUGAAAUAAAAUCUCCACUUACACAGUUACCUCUAUCACUCUUAAUGACCGGUGUGUGUAAUUUUCUCAUGCAUACAUUAUUGUACGCGAUAACCAUGUAUGCACUAUAUCUCAUGAAUUCCUAAAGAGAUUUUAAUUCAUAUUCACGUCAUAGCAUCAGGAUUCACACAUCAAUGUCUACAUAUGAUAAGAUUUCGAUGGGCAUUGGUCAACGACAAAUGUUUCACUUGACCAAUUUUAAAAUAAAAACCUGGUGUACAAGAUAUAUUAAGAACGCAUUGACGUUUUCAUUGAUGAGGAGUUAGAGGUAUAUCCCACUUGAAUGUCUUAGUAAUCAUUAGGCCUUUUGGUGCAACUCCAUAUGAAGAAGGUAUAUAUUAAAUACCUGAUCAAUGCUCAACACCUAAAGCAUUUCAUUGAUGGCAAUGACAAAGUCAACCAAUUAUCAAAUAUAUAUUUAAUUUAUUGAUAACUAUCUUAUGACCAAAUUCUUAUUUAAUAAGGCAAAAUAAUUGUAUCUUGUGUGUUUGUACUAUGUACAUUUUGAUAAUAAUAUAUUGUUUAUAGACUGUAACGUGUUAAAUGCUGUGAUAUAUCUGUCUUCCCCGUGAUUGAUGGAACAAAUUGUGAUAUAAGGUAUGUUUUGAAUGUAACGUUGAUGUACAAAUUAUAUUUUUCUGUGUGCCUGAAAACAAUAUUUUGCCAUAUAAUAAUGGCAAAACACUUAUGAUAGUGAAUUUAAUUACAAAGGAUAAUAAUCAUAGUGAUUUAAUGUGAGAUUAACACAAGGUAAACUGGGUUUAACUUUUGAAAUGGAAAUGCUUGAUAGAUAGCCAUUUUCUUGGUGUAUGCAAGAAGUAUGCAUGGGGCUAUUAGUCAGAAUUAUUACGACGUUUUAUCGGCUUUUUAUAUCGAUAAAUCAACACCAGACAGGUUAAUAAACAUUAGAAUAAUUCAGACUACUAGUCUAUACGUGUGUCUGUUAAAGCUAGGCUAGCUACAGCAGCUGUAUUAUUGAGCACCUGUGCAAAUGUCUGUGUAUAUCUUACUGAUGCGAAUGUCUAUACAUUCAUGGUGUACCACAGGUAGCAACGUGCAAUAUACAAAAAUCGAGAAAUUUAAAGCUAUCGUGUAUUUUUCUCAAAAACGAUUUUAUUUAUAAAUUUUCCUGUGGUUAGACACGCGCCUACUUGUAUAAACAUUGUAUAAAUAAAAUAUACAGAUGAAUAAAUACUAAAACAUA